AUGGGUCAGACUUCCUCUUUUGCACCCUCUCCAAAAAAUGAUCCUGAUUUGACCUCCAGCUUUGGCACAAACCUUCAGAAUUUCAAGAUGAAAACCAAAAUCCUGUUUCAGGAUUUGAUUGCCUUCAUUGAAUCAUCCCCAGAGGAAAGAAAACUUCAGGAAACAGUUUCUGCAAUCAGGAACGCUUUGAGUGACAUCGAGAAAGCCUCAGUGAACAUUGCACUGAUAGGGGAGACUGGGGCUGGAAAGUCCAGUCUAAUCAAUGCUCUACAGAGAGUAGAGGCUGAUGAAGAAGGUUUGGCUGCUCCCACUGGGGUGGUAUGUACAACCACUGAGAGAACACCAUACCCAUAUGCAAAGUGUCCCAGUGUGACACUAUGGGACCUGCCAAGUAUUGCAUUUGUUGCCUUUCAUCCAAAUGAGUAUUUGAAGAAAAUCAACAUAGAGGAGUAUGACUUCUUCAUUAUUGUCUCUUCUGGACCCCCUAAAUUUAGUGACAUAAAAAUUACCAAAGCCAUUGUGCAAAUGAAUAGGAGUUUCUAUUUUGUUCUAACCCAUAUUAUUGCUCUUGAGGUAGAAAAAGUGAUUAACCCUAGGAGAUUCAGUAAAGAGAACACAUUAAAGAAGAUUGGAGAUAACAUUUUAAGUAUACUCAAGCAAGUGACCCACCAGGAGCCUCCAGUCUUCUUAGUCUCUAACUUUGAUGUGUCUGAUCUUGACUUCCCAAAGUUAGAAACCACCCUUCUGAGAGAGCUCUCAGCCUACAAACGCCACAUGUUCAUGCUCACUUUUCUUCUACAUAAUAUGAAUGAAAGUCAUGACCUCAGAGCCACUGGGGAUAUUGUGAUGACCCAGGCUGCACUCUCCAAUCCUGUCACUCUUGGAGAGUCAGUUUCAAUCUCCUGCAAGUCUAGUAAGAGUCUCCUGCAUAGUGAUGGCAAAACUUACUUGUAUUGGUUUCUGCAGAGGCCAGGCCAGUCUCCUCAGCUCCUCAUAUAUCUGAUAUCCAACCUUGCUUCAGGAGUCCCUGACAGGUUCAGUGGCAGUGGGUCAGGAACAGAUUUCACUCUGAGAAUCAGUAGAGUGGAGGCUGAGGAUGCAGGUGUAUAUUACUGUAUGAAUGGUGUAGAAAAACCUCCCACAGUGAUAUAG